AUGGCGGCCACGGCCGCGGCGGCGACGCUCGCGGCGGCCACCUCCUCCUUCCUCAGGCGCUCCCCCUUGCUGCGGCCGCACGGGCUCCGGGUCUCCCGCCACUUCGCUCCCCGAAGGUUUGUGCGCCAUGCUGCUUCAUCAACGAAUGAAGAGGCUGCUGCCAGAGCAGCGGCUGCGACUGCUGAUACUGGUGGACCAACCAUUUUUGACAAAAUCAUCGCAAAGGAAAUCCCUUCAAGCAUUGUAUAUGAGGAUGAGAAAGUGUUGGCAUUUAGAGAUAUUAAUCCACAAGCUCCUGUGCAUGUUCUUGUCAUCCCAAAGCUAAGAGAUGGGCUAACUGGGCUUGAUAAGGCUGAACCAAGGCAUGCUGAUAUUCUGGGGCAGCUUCUUUACGCUGCAAAAGUAGUGGCUGAGAAGGAAGGUGUGGCAGAUGGAUACCGCGUCGUCAUAAACAAUGGAGCCGAAGGAUGUCAAUCAGUCUACCAUCUGCAUGUGCAUGUACUUGGCGGAAGGCAGAUGAAGUGGCCUCCUGGUUAAAUUUAAGAACACUAGAACAAUGUAGGGUUUUCUGCUCCUGUGUGAUCGAUCAUAGACUACUCAUGUAUUGAGUUACUUCCAUGUAGUCUGAGUGUUUGGCCAAAGUGUAUGCACUAUCUGGCAUCUGCACUUGUGGUGCCCCUCCUUAGGCAGUUUUCUCUGGUCUUGCUAUACUCUCUUACAAGUGUGGAGGAUUCAGCAAUAAGGUUGAGAACUUAAAACUGAUUGUGUACUUACCUCCUGCUUCUUAGUAAAUGGUUUUGCAUA